UUACAUGAUUGAACAGGACAUGGUUGCCAACGGUAUCAAUAAACACAUGGAACCCGCCAUGUUGUAUGCGAAGCUCUUUAGUUUACCAAUUGAGUAACGUUGGUUAUUUCCCAUAUUUCCUACCAAAAAAGACUCUCUUACCAUGGAAUCCCUGGACAGUCUCGUAGAUGUUGUACACUGCAUUCUGUGUCAGUCGUCUGUGGCCCCGUUGUUCUGUAAAGAUUGUCGUAUACAUCUGUGUGAAGUCUGUUUAGAAAAGCAUACCUCUGAAUCCUCUAAAGUUCACAGUGUUGUGCAACUUGAACAACAUUCGGCUUCGUUGAACUCUGCCUGUGAUCGGUCACUAAUGACUGUACCUCGGGUCAUCACAUGUAUACAUGUAUACAUGGGAUUAGAUGACCCAUUAUACGGUGUGGCCUGUCUGAAUGAUACAGAAGUAUGGACAUGUGGUUGGAACAACCAGAUGAAACUCUACAAUCUCCAGGGUGAACUUUUGAAGUCAAUCCAAACCCAGUCAGGUAACAGGCCACGGCACAUAGCAGUGACAAGGAGUGGGGAGCUAGUUUAUACUGACCACAAAAAUGGAACUGUGAACAUAGUAAAGAAUACACAGAUAGAGACAGUAAUCGAACUUCAGGAAUGGAAACCUCUCGGCGUCUGUUUUACUUCCUCAGGUGACCUCCUGGUUGUCAUGGACGUUGAUGAUAAAGAAAGUAAAGUUGUGCGCUACUCUGGCUUCACGGAGAAACAAAGCAUUCAGUACAAUGAAAAAGGACAACCUCUCUAUUCACCUGGUGCAGUUAAAUACAUCAGUGAGAACAGGAACUUAGAUAUUUGUGUAUCAGACUGUGGAGCCGACAAAGUAGUGGUAGUUAAUCAAGCCGGGAUUCUUCGGUUCACCUAUACUGGCCAUCCCUUACCUUCCGAUAGAUCAUUUAAUCCAUGCGGCAUCACAACAGACAGUCAGAGUCGUAUCUUGACAGCUGAUGAUGAACACCACUGCAUCCACAUCCUUGAUCAGGACGGAGAGUUCCUCCGCUUCAUUCACAGCUGUGGUUUAGAGGAGCCAUGGGGGCUGUGCUUGGAUACCAGAGACAACCUUUUUGUGGCGGAGUGGGACACAGGUAAAGUAAAGAAAAUACAAUAUUAUAAUUAAUUUUGUUACUAUAUACUCAAAGUAUCGAAUAUUUGAUUCUUUUUACGUGUGAAUUUAGAUGUAACUUAAUGGAUAAAUCAUAAAACAAAGGUGUGAAUAGUACUACACGUAAUUAUAUAUCACAUACAAGUUUUUAUUGCAUACUCAUAUUUGUGUGUAAAUUAUGUAUACAAUUGCACCUCAAAAUAUGAUGCACAUUAGUUGAGUACUAGUAUUUGUUAAACAUGUAUACAUGUGUAUAAUGCUUUAGAUGUUAUCUCACUGACCAUGCAGUUUAGAAGUGAACAGACUACAUGUAAUACAACUUGUGUAUAAUAUUCAAUGUGUUCAGUUAUUUCAUGUCAUCAUACUACGUGAAUGUGUUGAAAUUUAAACAUUUGUGUGAAUUAUUUAUUUUAGUUGAUGCAAUUUUUUUUUUUUGGAAAAUGACCCACAAUGUUUAAGUUUUAAGUUAAUAGAUAUGUUUAUACAUGAACUAUGUAAUUAUAAUACGUACAUGUAUAUCGAAACAAACUCUGUUUUAAAUUAUGUAAAUUGACGGUUUAUUUAUAAAAUUGCUUCUCUACAAUGUUUGUUUAUCACUUACUUUUUUGUGAGUUUUUUUUUUUGGGGGGGGGGGUGUUAAAACUGAUUUUGAUACCUAAAAAUACCUAUUUUUACCAUUAUCUAGUCUUUCACAGACAAUUCUGCAGAGCAAUAUUCUUUUUAAGGGCACAUGCAAAAGGAAAAACAAUUGCAGGUGUAAACAAUUGCACCGCACAAUAUGGUGCACAUUAGUUGAGUACUAUUAUUUGUUAAACAUAUAUACAUAUAAUGCUUUAGAUGUAAACUGGCUGACCAUGCAUUUUAGAAGUGAACAGACUACAUGUAAUACAAUUUAUGUAUAAUAUACAAUGUGUUCAAUUAUAUCAUGUCGUCAAACUAAGUGAAUACAAUGUGUUCAAUUAUUUCAUGUCAUCAGACUAAGUGAAUGUGUUGAAACUUAAACAUUUGUGUGAAUUAUUUCUUUCAGUUGCAAUUUUUUUUUUUAAAUGUCCCAUAAUGUGUAUGUUUUAUAUGUCAACAUAUCGGGUAUGUUUAUACAUGAACUACAUGCAUGUAAUUAUAAUUGGUACGUGUAUAUCAAAACAAACUCAGUUUUAAAUCAAAUUUAUGUAAAUUGACUGUUAAUCUAUAAUUUGCAAGUCUACAGUGUUUGUUUAUAACUUAAUUUGUAGCUCACCUGAGCUGAAAGCUCAAGUGAACUUUUGUGAUCACUUUUUGUCCGGUGUCCGUCCGUCUGUCUGUUUGUCUGUCCGUUCGUCUGUCUGUAAUUUUUUUUUUUACAUUUUUGACUUCUACUACAGGACCACUGCGUCAAUUUUAACCAAAUUUAGCACAAAGCAUCACUGGGUAAAGGGGAUUCAAGUUUGAAAAAAUAAAGAGCCAUGCGCUCUUUUAAAGGAGAGAUAAUUAGGAUUUAUUGAAAAUUUGUCGAUAUUUUUCAAAAAUCUUCUUCUCAAAUACCAUUUGGCCAGAAAAGCUGACACUUGUGUGAAAGCAUCCUCAGAUAGUGUAGAUUCAAGUUUGUUCAAAUCUUGGUCCCCGGGGGUAAGGUGGGGCCACAAGAGGGGGUAGAACUUUUACGUAGGUAUAUAUACAGGAAAUCUUUAUAAAUCUUCUUCUCACAAAAUAAUCAGCCAGGAAAGCUGAAUAGAAGCAUCCUCAGGUAGUGUAGAUUCAAAAUUGUGAAAAUCAUCAUGGCCACCAGGGGUGUGGUAUGGCCAUAUUUUGAGGGAAGGGGGGAGGACUUUUUAUACUCUGUUAAGCUUAUUUUAUCAUACCGAGUGUUGCUCAGGUGAGCGAUGUGGCCCAAGGGCCUCUCUUUUGUGUGGGUGUUUGUGUGUGUGUCAAAGCUUAUAUUAAUAACGAAUAAAUACCAUUACUACCAGUCUU